AUGCUUUGACCCAUAAGCAACAAUCUUCACAUUGACGCCCGCAGAGUCUUAUCAUAUGUGGGACUAUAACAUCCAUAGCUUGAAGGAAACAUAUGAGAGAUAGGAAGAGAUUGAGAAAAUGAGUUCUUUGGACAAGCAAGAAGGAGAGGUGGUGCUUCCCGGAUUCAGAUUCCAUCCGACCGACGAAGAGCUCGUCGACUUCUAUCUACGACGGAAGGUGGAGAAGAGGCCCAUCAGCUUAGAACUCAUCAAACAGAUAGAUAUUUAUAAAUAUGACCCAUGGGAUCUUCCUAAGGUGAGCAAUGUGGGAGGGAAGGAGAAGGAGUGGUACUUCUAUUGCCUAAGAGGGAGAAAGUACAGGAACAGCAUCAGGCCCAACAGGGUCACAGGGUCUGGAUUUUGGAAGGCCACAGGCAUUGAUAGGCCUAUCUAUUCUCCUGGAGAAAAAUCUAAUGACUGUAUUGGGCUGAAGAAAUCUCUAGUUUAUUACAGAGGAAGCGCUGGAAAAGGCACCAAAACUGAUUGGAUGAUGCAUGAAUUUCGCCUUCCUAGUACUGCUGCCAAAAACACUAACAUUCUCAAUGCCAAGAACACUCAAGAAGCCGAGGUUUGGACUAUUUGUCGGAUUUUCCAGAGAACGGUUUCUUACAGGAAAUAUACGCCGUCAGAUUGGAUCGGACCGUCAAUCAAACAACACCCAACUGAUUCUAGCUCCAAAACAUGCAGCUUUGAGUCUGAUGAUGGAGACAAGUACAAGUAUUUUAAUGCCUCGGCGAUCCAACGGUUUGAAAAGAAGCCUGUUAUUGACCACAUUGAAACAAAGGACCAGAUCUUUUCAGGCCAGUUGAGUUCCAUGGCCCAGUCAACCGUCACAACAUUUUAUCCGGGCUUUCCAAGUUCAAACACCAAUGAAUUCUUUAAAGAAGCGAGCUGGGAUGAGCUGGGAGCGAUAGUGGGGUAUCCGAUCCAUCCGGAUGUUUUUAGCUGUAGAUACUCUUUAUAGAGAGGUCCACUUGGAUUCGUCGCGCGAUGAAUCGAGCUUCGUUCAUCACCAUCUUCACGUUACAUAGUUUGCGAGUCCAGAUCGAUCCUAUGGCAGGAUCUACUAUAGAUGGACUUUGAAAUGAUCCAGGUUCAAAGAUGAAAUCCAUUAACCCAUUGUCCAAGAUCAUCCAAUGGUGUUGGUUUUCCUAGAGUGGACAAUCUGUUAUACUGAAAACAAGAUGAAUGGUCUGGAUUCACCCAAUAUACUACUAUGUUUAAAUCUAGUGGCGAUGAACCAAGAUUGAUUCAACUUGCGACGAACCAGAAAGCUAGCCAACAGAGUAUUGUAUAACAAAUACGUAGGUAUUGGUUCGCCCCCAGGUAUUGUGAUUACAUGCAUAAAAUAAUACAAAAGAGAGAUUAAUAAAGAUAUUUUUAUUGAA